AUGUCUGCGCCAAUUCUACAAGCGCACUGUCCCAAUCCCAGUGUUGGCACAGCCAAUGGUUUGCUGAGCACCUUAGUACAGACGCUCAUCACAGCGCAAUGUGCGAUUUCCGCAAAGGAGAACUGGCCCGAGGACUAUGGCGAUCUGGCGCUGGAGAACGGUUUAGAACCAUAUGAUUUUGUGGUGAUCGGCGCGGGCACAGCAGGUUCAGUGGUCGCUAGUCGUUUAAGUGAGAAUAGAAAUUGGAAGGUAUUAGUUUUGGAAGCCGGCGGUGAUCCACCCCAAGAAUCCGAGAUUCCGAGCCUGUACACCUACACAACAUUUACAAAGUAUAACUGGAACUAUUAUACUGAACCCCAAUCGACCGCCUGCUAUGCCGCGCGUGAUCGCAAAUGUUACUGGCCGCGCGGUAAAAUGAUUGGUGGCACUGGUGCUAUAAAUGGCAUGCUUUUUCUGCGUGGAAAUCAACGUGACUAUGACAACUGGCUGGCGAAGGGAAAUGUAGGAUGGGGUUGGAACGAUGUACUGCCUUAUUUUCGAAAAGCUCUGACACCAGUCGGCAAUAGCACUUACCCUAUGGGUCAUGUGGUAUUAAACGACUUCAAUUUCUACUAUGACGACAUACUCAAUUUGGUGUGUAAUGGAUCUGCCACGUUAGGCGUGCCCCGUGUGCCUCAAAUCGGUGACGAGGGUGCCGCUAUUGGUUGUACUCGCGCGCCAGGCACAGUGGAGAAUGGCAAACGCAUGAGCACCGGUAAAACAUAUUUGGGACGUGUUCGCCAACGUCCAAACCUGCAUGUAAUCAAGCACGCUCAGGCCACUCAGAUCAAUUUCGACAGAAGUGGUCGUCGUGCGGUGUCGGUCUCAUUCAUGUUAAGGGAUACAUACAAAAGGACUGUGAAAAUUUUGCGCGAACUUGUGGUAUCAGCCGGCACGAUUGAGUCUGCGAAGCUACUAAUGCUAUCAGGUAUUGGGCCAAGGGAGCAUUUAGAUAGCCUGAGAAUCCCAGUAUUGCAUGAUUUGCCGGUUGGCAAUAAUCUACAGGAUCAUCUUAUGAACUUGAUGUUUUUCACGUUGAAUGUGCGGCCGAUGCAACGCAUUACUCAAGAAAAAGAUAUGGAGAACAUGGUAAACUAUCUAUUGCAUAACAAAGGACUGCUUUCGAGCCAUGGCACCGCUUCGGUUGUAAGUUUUGUCAAUACGCUGCCAGAGAGUGAUGUGCCAUAUCCCACAACGGAAUUCCACAAUAUCUUCUACCAAUAUAGCGCCAUCGCUGCUAUGAAUCUGACCACGAAUGUGUUCGCCAUGCAACCGCUAUAUGCUGAUUAUUUACGUAGCAUAGUGAAUCAAUCAGAUAUGAUUAAUAUAUUCAAUGUACUUUCUCACCCAAAGUCGACAGGGCACAUACGUUUAAGCAGUAGAAAUUACAAGGACAAUCCACGCAUUAUACCGAACUACCUUGAUGAUCCAGAAGAUAUCGAAAGUAUGCUCCGUGGUGUACGUUUCCAGGAACGGCUUAUACGUACUGCUCCUUACCGCGCUGUAAAUGCCACCAUUCUGCGUAUACCUAUAAAGGAAUGCGAUAAAUUAGAGUAUAGAAGUGACGCUUAUUGGCGCUGCUACAUCAAAUACUUCACCACAACUCUUUAUCAUAUAACUGGCACAGUGAAAAUGGGCACACCUACCGAUACCACUACGUGCGUGAAUCCUCACCUACGCCUGCAUGGCACUUGGAACGUGCGUGUGGCUGAUGCGAGCAUUAUGCCAGAUGUGGUCAGCGCAAAUACGAAUGCAGCAACGAUUAUGAUUGGGGAACGCGCUGCAGAUUUCAUAAAAGCCGACUGGGCAGCAUUGGACGCGAGAACAUGAUCAAUUUAGAGGGCAUCUCUCACUUCUGAAAUCAUAAAAUCAUAAAAAAUAAAAUAGGACAGUAAAAGGAAUAAAACGCAGGCAUCCUCACUUAAUUCCUUAUUUACCAAGUUUGCAGUUCUAUUUCAUUAAAAUUUAUUUUUUUCUUAUUUACUGUUGCUAUAAUACGUAUACAUACACAUCUAACCAAGGCGGACUGAAUUAUUUUAUCAUUAUUUAUAUGUGAUAAGAAAUCAAUUGUGAAUGGUGAAGCUAUUGGGGCGAAUUGGGUAGGCUUAAACACAAGAAUGAUAGAAUACUCAAUUCGCCUUGGCUUAAACAAAUGCUGCCAAGUUUUUGCUUUUGUAAAAAUUUGUAAAUAUUCAUCACUCUGGAGUGAUUAAUAUUGGCCCCUAUUAUGAGUUGUAUUCGUUCUUCGAUAUUCGCUGGCUGUCGAAGAUCGAAAGUCGAAUGUCAAUUUGGUAUUAUGAGCGAUGCAACCCUAUCGAAAUUUUCGUUGUUUACCGAAUUUAGAGUCGAAUGCAAUUUUGCUUUCGAUCGUGUAGCGUAUAGUGGGAAAACUUGUUAAAGUGGCGAAAGUCGUGAGUACCAAACAACAAUUAGAAAGGCGAAUCCACAAUUCGCAAAAGGGAUUUGCACCAAACUUCAAGCAGCAAAAAAAUGGGAGGAAUUUACAACGGAGCUGAAUUGCUUGGGACCACCAGUGAGAACGGCAGCAAAAUGGAUUAAGCUUAA